AACUCUAGAGGUUUUAUAACCGGUCUUCCCCCUAGCCACAAGAAAUGGAAACAAAGAUUUGUUUUCGUUGAGUUUCCCCCUGACCAAUUCCCUCUUUCUCACUGUGAGUGGGCUGACCGAGUUAUGAAACCUGAAAGGGUUCAUCCGGAGCCCACUAAAGAGCUUGAGGACGCCUGCGAGAAACUUCUCAAGGGUGAUCCUGUGACCGGGAAACCUUAUGCUUACGGGGGCUGGGUGUACCGGUUACAAAAUCCGGAUGGGGGUGUAUCUGCGACCCAUGACGCAGAAGAUGACCGGGCCAACUCCCCGGAUGGUCAUGCUGAGGCCAGUUCUCCUCAUCCAGACAUGAACUUCAACAGGAUGACCACCAUCAUUGAAGAUGACGACGAUGAUGUUCAAGUUCUCCAUUCCAACCGGUCUCCUAUUUCCAAGCCUCCUUCUCCUCCUCACAUCCCUGAAAUAGAUGAGGCCACAAGUGCCCGGUGUAGCCCUAUCCAUGAACAGAGCCAGAAGCUGAAAUCUCCUCCAGCCACCCAUCUCUCUGAAAGUGACCGGGUCCCUUCUCCUAAGAAGGAUGUCAAGGCCAAAGGAAAAGGGACCGGUCAUUCUUCCUCUCACAAAAGGAAGGGUUCCCACAAGACUUCCAGGGGGAAAGGAGGAAGAAGGCAUGUUUUCCAGGCUGGAGUUAUAUCUGAAGAAGUUGGCCGGUCAAUCGUUGAACCAAAGGACCAGGUUUCCGUGCUCACCCUCCUCCUUGACUCCGCUAAGUUAGAGAUCAAUGACCGGGUUGAGAGGGAGAAGAAGCUGGAAGAAGAGCUGAUCGCUGAAAGGGCCAGGUUAGAGGACGAAAGGGCCAAGUUAGUGGAGGCGAAGAGGAAGGUGGCAAAGCUGGAAGAUGCUUUGGCCCAAGCUGAAGAGAGACUGCCCGGUCAAAGGAGGAGGUCUUUCCUGAUGAUGCUGUGACUUGGGCCGCCUUCCAUCACACUGAAGUUGCCCGGUCCAUUCUCACCAAUCCGGAGGACACCAUGGAUUUUUUCAAAGUUAUGUAUAAGGAACCGGAAGGAAAGAGAAUGAUAACAGACGUCGGGUCUUACGGGUUCCAGUGUGGUCAAAAGGAAGAGAGGCCCGUCUCUUCUAUAUGCCAGACUCCAGAAGAGGGACCCCUCCUUUGACCCGGCCAAAAUGAAGCUCCCGGCCUUGU